AUGGCGGGCGGUGAUGACCGGGUCGACCGCCGUCCGGUGACUCGUGAUGCUCUUCGAGCCCCUGAGAACGAGGUCCUUCGUGGUCGGAGCUCCACUGAGCGUCAUGCUGAAGUAGCAUAUCGCUGUGUGGACACUCUUGACGAUUUGAAGCGCGUCGUGCGCUGGCUGCCUCACCUUGAGGACUACCACGAUCUGUUGGAGCGACUCCUAGCCGUGGAGCAGUCGAAUGAGUCGCUGCGUGCGACGGUAGAGCGCUUGGUACCAUUAGAGAUGGAGGUUGUAGCACUCCGUGCUCAGAACCAGUUGUUGGUUCAGCUUCUGGGUGGCCGAGGUCCCGUUGGAUCCGCUCCGGCGCCACCGCUUACGCAUUCACUUGCGCCGGAUCCCG